AUGUCUGGGGACGAGAGUUGCAAGAUCACGCACAAGAUUGCUAAGGCCAAGAAAGAGGGCCGUGUAUGGUGGAGCUUUGAGUACUUCCCCCCACGCACGCCGCAGGGCCUGACCAACCUGUACGACCGCAUUGAGCGCAUGGCACAGCUGGGCCCUGCCUUUGUGGACAUUACAUGGAACGCUGGUGGUCGUACGUCAGAUCUCACGACGCAGCUCGUGAAGACCGUGCAGGCGUACUUUGGCUUGGAGACGUGCAUGCACCUCACCUGCACCAACAUGCCACGCAGCAAGAUCGACGUCGCGCUGCGAGAGGCCAAGGCCUUUGGCUGCCGCAAUAUCCUCGCGCUGCGUGGCGAUCCACCGGCGAGUGGCGGUGAAUGGGAGGCGGAUGCCGCAGGCUUCUCGCAUUGCAGCGAACUCGUGCAGUACAUCCGUGCGAACUAUGGUGAUUACUUUGCGAUCGCCGUGGCUGGCUUCCCGGAAGGCCACCCCGAGGCUAAGGAUGGUCCUGAGGCAGAAAUGGAGCACUUCAAGGCCAAGAUCGAUGCUGGUGCUGACUUUAUUUUUACGCAAAUGUUCUACGAUCUCGACGCGUUUGUGGACUGGUGCAAGCGCAUUCGUGCAGCAGGCAUUACGGUGCCGAUCGUGCCAGGUGUGAUGCCGAUCCAGAAUUACGGCGGUUUCACGCGCGCUGUGGCACGUUUCCGUGCCCAUGUCCCGCAAUAUUUCCACGACGCGCUGGACCCUGUGAAGGACGACGACGAACAGGUGCGGUUGGUCGGCCAAAAGCUUGUGGGCGAUAUGUGCAAGAAGAUCCUCGAGCAUCCUGACUUGGAUGUCAACGGUCUGCACAUCUACACGAUGAACUUGGAGCGUGGUAGUCGUAUGCUGCUGGAGUACUUGGGCCUUACGCCAAGUGUGCAGCAGCUCAACCCGCUGCCAUGGCGCCAGAGUCUGACGCCCAAGCGUCGUGACGAAAACAUCCGUCCGAUUUUCUGGGCGAACCGGACGAAGAGCUACGUCAACCGUACCGACGGUUGGGACGAGUUCCCGAAUGGGCGUUGGGGUGACGCACGCUCGCCAGCAUAUGGCGAUGUCGAUGCGUAUGGCACGCACCUGCGGUUUACCAAGGAGGAGGCACUGGAGUUGUGGGGCGAGCCGAACACGCUGGACGAUCUCAAGGACCUCUUCGUGCGAUUCUGUGCGGGCGAUCUCAAGUCGCUGCCGUGGAGCGACACGCCCGUGGCCAAGGAGACCAAGGUCAUUGACCAGCACUUGAUCCAGCUGAACAAGCGCGGCUACCUUACUAUCAACUCACAGCCGCCUGUUGAUGGUGUGCCCAGCAGCGACCCUGUGCAUGGCUGGGGUCCAAAGGACGGCUACGUGUACCAGAAAGCGUACUUGGAGUUCUUUGUAGCCCCGGAGCAGCUCGACGAGCUGCUGCAGCGCAUUGAAGCGCACCCGCAAAUCACGUACCAUGCCGUGAAUGCGCAGGGCGAUAUGCGUACCAAUACGACCUCGGAUGCGCCCAACGCCGUGACGUGGGGCUGCUUCCCACACUGCGAGAUUCUGCAGCCGACGAUCGUCGAGUCCAUUUCGUUCCUUGCGUGGAAGGAUGAGGCGUACGAAAUCGGUCGUCGCUGGGCGCACCUGUACCCAGAGGGCUCAACAGCACGUACCAUGCUAAGCAACGUCUUUGACACAUGGUUCCUGGUGAACGUCGUGCACAACGACUUUAAGAAGGCCGAAGUCAUUUUCGAGCCGUUCCUCGUGUAA